UUUCAUUCCCGAGCUCAGCAUGUCUUCAAACGGCCUCGCUUUUACUCUGAAGGCUGGACACCAAAACCAGAAGUUUGUAGGAGUUUGUUGACAGUCCAGAGUUCCUCCCUGCUAAGCAGCUGUCAACAUCCCGAGGACGACUUUGAGCACGUCAAAGCUUCGGCAUAUCCACAAAUAACGGAAGGGUCGGCCAUAAUGGAUGAUGACAUAGAGGAGUCUAUGCACAGAGCUAGAGAGCCUGUAGACCAGGGUACUUGCUUCACCAACACUCAAAAGGAUGAGUUUCCCUUCUGGGGCGCAGGGGUGGCCUCCUACACAAUGUCCUCAACUUCUGCCUCUGUGGGACGUAGACACUGGGACGUUGAAAGCGGCAGUAGCUCCUUGGACUGGUCAUCGAACUACGAAAGACCUACUGUAGAUGACUCUAAAUUUUAUCCUUCAUCUGCUUCGUCUAAUUUUGCAAGCGGUGGGGACAGUAGGUUUAAUACCUCCAAUAACAGAGAACACGAUAUGCAGUCCAUUCCAGGUUUAGGUGAUUAUGACUAUGCAGGGUCAGACAAACCUGUCGCCUCUACAGAGUCUAGUCGACCCAAGCACACUUCUGAAUCCGCUGCAAACAUCCUCCUGCGCUAUGGACUUGAAAAAGAGGACUUGGACCAUCUCAUCUUUUACCCUGAAGACCAGCUCACUCCCGAUAACCUGCCGUUCAUCUUGCGCCAAAUCGGCAUUCAGAAGGCCAAGAGUGCUACAUCAGCAGUUCAGUCAGUACCCUAUCCUGAACCCCAACCCACCAGAAGUGUGAGUGGAAUGGACAGUCACAGUUUGAGUAGUUCUAGAGGGGCAGGGAUGCGCCAGGAGGAAAGGUCUAUUGCUGUUCUCCAGCCAAGCAAAGUGAUUGACUAUGGAAAUACUGGCAAAUAUACUGGAGGGGUUGGGGAUGAGAUUGGAAUGACCAGUGGCAGUAGAUCCAACAGUGGUGGGAGGGGAAGUACGUUUCUGAUGGACGCUUUCAAUAGUAGCAGCCACAUUCGAGAACCACUACUAAAAAAUACAACAGAGGUGAAAAGCAGUGCCUUGGGUUCUUCACGUGAUCAGGCGAGUUCUGUUACCAGUCUUGGCUCUUCGUACAGUUCUGUACUGAGCGCUGUGGCUCCCCCAAGCAAUGAUCCGAACAAACGAUUGCAGACAUCCCAAACAAUCCUCAGCCGCUUCUCUCUGCCAAAGAAGGACAUCGACAUCAGAGUUCUCAAGCCUGAAGCCUCCAAACCCGGUCCCUUAAAAGAACCACAGGCAGAUCGCCAGUCAGCAUUGAAAACUCAACCACCCUGCUCUUUGCUCCGCGGCGUGCAUCCCAGCCAACCCGACCUUGUGCUCGUUGGCAGUAAUGACCCCCAUGGCGCUAAGAAUCAGAGUAAAACACAAGGUCAAAGGUCAACAGUUGCUGAGCAGAUGAAAAAGCAACAGACACAGCAGACGCAGAAGCAGCCAUCAUUGCAGACGGGGCAGGAGAUCAGGCCUCCAGUUUUUCCUGCUGCUAAAUCAGUUCCCCCUGACCAUCUCAUCCCCAUCAUCACUGAUGUUUCACAGGCCAUGCAACGUCCGGUGUUUAUCCGUGGUGAUCCACGCCCCAUCCCAGCUCAGGCAAUCCCGGGUCUGAAUUUCAAUCACGUGAUGCUGCCGACUUCCCACACCCAGCUCCCAGCAAAGGUGGGAGUCUCCAAGGCCCUGCCAACGCCGUCCAUGAUGCAGGACUAUGCGGCGGCCUCACCAGAAAUCUUUCCACAUACCUGUUCUCUGUGUAACAAAGAAUUUAAUCAUAUGAAGGACUGGCUCUCCCACCAGAACACCAGCUUUCACCUUGAGAGCUGCAAACUCCUGCGAAAACAAUACCCAGAGUGGGAUGGUGCUAUAGCACUCGGGCCCAGGGCUGCACAUAAAGAUGCCAAGCCCUCAGCAUCAACCGCUGCACACACUUUCCGGCAUCGUCAUCAGAUUACCAGGCAUGGAAGAGGCUCCCGUUCUAGCUGUUCCAGCUCACCCAGCCCUCGCUGCCACCGCCGCCGCCAUGGCUUGGAGGGUAGAAGCGAGCAACACAGCAGCCGAUCACGAUCAACGCACAGCCCCAGAUACAGUCGCAGAUCUCGUUCUCAUUCCCCAUUGUAUGAGCCCCCGCACUCCUCCCACUAUCAUUCACGUUCGAGGAGCCCUGAAAGACGAUCAUCGGCGAGGAGGAACUGUGAGAGACUAUUGCCACGAAAGAGAAGCGACGGGAGACGAUCGCCACCAGGGAGGAGCAACGAGAGACGAUCGCCACCAUGGAGGAGCAACUGGAGACAAUCGCCACCAAAGUGGAGCAUGGAGAGGGGAUCGCCCCCAAGGUGGAGCGAGGAGAGAGAAUUACCACCAAAGAGGAGCAACAGGAGACGAUCGGCACCAAGGUGGAGCGACGACAGACGAUCGUCACCAAAGAGGAGUGUCAAGAGAUUUUCACCACCAAGGUGGAGCAAGGAGAGACAGUCGUUAUCAAGGACGAGCGAGGAGAGCCGUUCGCCACCAAGGUGGAGCGAGGAGAGACAAACUCCACCAUGGAGGAGCAACAAGAGGCAAUUGCCAUCGAGUAGGAGACGAUCGUCCACAGAAGACUCAUCUCCUCAACGAAAAAAGUCAAGCAGUGCUGAGAGACUGGCUGAGGAACUACUGGAAACAUCAGCUGUGCAGUCUCUGUCAAUGCAGUCGGACCUGGAGGCCAUGGUUAAAGCUCUGGUUCCUGCCUUACUAGCCAAGAUGAAGUCCUCCUCCUCAUCACCAUCUCCCUGCAAAGCAAAGCCCAGCCUGCAGAAGAAGGUAGCAAGUUCUGCUACAAAGACUAAGUCCGGUAAACCUUCACCUCCAACCAUGGUGAGACUCAAAGGGAUUAGUACUUCUGUCUCAUGCAGUGAUGUGAUUGUUGCUGUGGAGCACUUUGGAAAAACCAAGUCAGUUGUACUGUUUCGGUCCAGACUGGAGGCAAUCGUGUGUUUUGAGAAAGAGGAAGACGCUAACAAACUGAAGAGCGUAAGGAGCCUCACUGUGAAAGGAACAGAAAUCACUGUUAUCAGAAAAAAAGGAGACUGAUUCUAAGGAGCAAAAGCAGCCUCCUCAGAAAGAACCUGCCACAUUCAGUGUCUUCACACCUCAAACCACUACAUCCACAACCAC